ACCUGAAAAAUUCGAAAUUAAGAAUGAAAAAGGAAACGACAAAAAAAAAAGAAUGAAAAAGGAAAUUUCUAGAGAGAAAUCUCUGUGUUCUUUGAUUUUUCUUCACCUCAUCUUCUUAUAAAUCAUCUGUUUCGUUGCAGAGAGCUCUAAAAGAAACAACAACCUUUCUCUCUGAUUAUCUUCGCCAUUUCUCGUCGAAAUUAGGGAUUUUGUUCAUUAAAUCUUCCUGAUUUGGAAGGUAUUUUCAUUGUCUGCUUGAAAAAAAUUCAAUCUUUGUCGGUUCAUUAUGAGUAAUUGGAGAAGACAAAAACCCAGAAACAACAACAGCAAUAAUUAUAGUCGUCAACGAGGGACGACGAUGACGCAAUCAUCAUCAAAGCCACCUCUUGGUAUGAUCUCUGUUCUCUCCUCUCUGUUUUUUUUCUUUCUUAAAUUUGUGAUUUUGAGUUGUUCAAUUAUGUAUAACCUUUCGUCGCUUGCAAAUCGAGUUCCUUGAUGUGUUUCUCAUUGGGUUUUCCUCUUUUGUGUUCUUAAUUAGGGUUUGUGUUCGUUAAGCAAUGUUCGGUCUUUUAAUCUCUUCUAUGUAUUUUAGCUAAUUGCAAGAUCUCUGUUCCAGCGUGGGAGAAGGAUUUUUGUGCUGUGAUUGGUUCAGUUCCAUGGUGGAAAGUUGUAGAGGCCAAGCGGUUUAUGCACAUAUACGAUAGAGUGGUCCAAUGGGACGACUCAGCUGGUGAAGACGCAUUCAAGAACGCUAAAUCUCGUUUCUGGGCAGAGAUAAAUGGUUUAACUUGUGACUUAUCUUUGCCUGAUCCUGAUGUUUACAUUGAUGAUGUUGAUUGGGAUGCUGAAGUUGACAAUGAGUUGAUACUUGACCUUGAACGUGGUCCAGACCCUUUAACAGAAGAACAAGAGCAUGUUGUGAUACUCGAUGCUUUGGUUUUAUCUGGACAGUAUGGCGGGCUUGGUUGGGGAACUGGUUGGGGUGACGCUGAAGGGAUUAACGAGGAGAAUGUUGGAAAGGGUAAACCAGAAAACUCAUGGGGUGAUCAGAAAUAUGAUGGAUGGAAUGAAGAUUCUUGGGGGAUAAAGGAGAAAACUGAAACUUGGGAUCAUAACAACAACAACACCAACACUGAUUCUUGGGAUCAUAACAACAACUUCAAAGCUGAAACUUGGGAUCAGAAAAACUGCAACAACAACAGCUUCAACUACAAGAAGGUUGAGAAUUGGAAUGGUAGGGAUCAAGGAAGAGAGAACAGAGGGUGGAGAAAGAGAGGAGAAGGGCGACAUGGAGGAGAACGAGUGGAGGAUUGUCGAUGGAGGAAUGGGAGAGGGAGAAGCAGAGGCGGGUUUCAGCAACAUUCGGCGAAUGCAUGGGGUUGGACUGAAUCCUUCUGA